AUGGUCCUUCUCACAACCCAAGUAAACCCCCCGGAUUGCGUGAAAGGAAGCAAAAAGGAAACGGAAGCACAUCGGGAUUACUUUAAGACGGUGGUGGAAGAAUCCAUAGAGUGCGAAAUAAAUAAGAAGAAAAAAAAAUGGACCCCGCAGAAACUCCAGAAAGAGUUCACCAUGCAGAAGCAUGACUUGGUGUGUCUGAGUCGUUAUCGGUAUCACCCUUUUAAGGUGGCCUGUCAGAAUGGUUUUUCCUUUUUGCAGCCCGGGGGAAGCUACUACACCUCCAGUUAUAAGUUGCAGAACCGGAACUACAAACUCGUUUUCGAAAACCUGUGCAUGUCCCCAUCAAUUCAAAUCUCCUUCUGCGGAAUUCUCAUGACCGUAAUUGCGGCCCUGGUGGACUUGAAGAACAGACGAUUGUGA